CCCGGAAGUGGCGGCCGCUGCGGAGGCGCCGGGCGGGAUGGGGGAGUCGAUCCCGCUGGGAGCGCCCGUGCCGGUGGAGCAGGCCGUGCUGGAGACCUUCUUCUCCCACCUGGGCAUCUUCUCCUACGACAAGGCCAAGGACAACGUGGAGAAGGAGCGGGAGGCCAACAAGAGCGCGGGGUCCAGCUGGCUGGCGCUGCUGGCCGGGCUGGCGCACCUGGCGGCGGCCGAGAAGGCCUAUCACAGCAUGACCUUCCUGGGACAGAAGCUAGGUGGUCAGUCAUUCUUCAGCCGAAAGGACUCCAUCCGAACCAUCUACACAUCUCUGCAUAAUGAGCUGAAGAAGGUGGUGGCGACGGGUCACAAUGCACUAGGAGGAACAGCUCCUCACUUGGAAGAGCUGCUUUCUCACCUGUCUGAACAGCUCUGUUUUUUUGUUCAGGCUCGGAUGGAAAUUGCUGACUUCUAUGAAAAAAUGUACACGCUCAGCACCCAAAAGUUCAUUAACUCUGAGGAACUGGUAAACAUUUUGGAAUCCAUCUUAAAGAAAUACAGCUCAAGAUUUCAUCAUCCAAUCCUCAGUCCUCUUGAAAGCAGUUUCCAACUGGAAGUAGAUGUACUUGCACAUCUCUUAAAGGCUCAGGCUCAGAUCUCAGAGUGGAAGUUCCUUCCAUCCCUGGUCAACUUGCACAGUGCUCACACAAAACUACAGACUUGGGGUCAAAUUUUUGAGAAACAGCGAGAGACCAAGAAGCACCUGUUUGGAGGGCAGUCUCAGAAGGCUGUACAACCUCCACACCUUUUCCUCUGGCUGAUGAAACUCAAAAACAUUCUCCUUGCCAAGUUUAGCUUUUACUUUCACGAAGCCCUUAGUCGACAGACAACAGCAUCUGAAAUGAAAACUUUGACUGCUAAAACAAAUCCUGAUUACUUUGGGAAAAUUUCCAGCUUCAUCCGGAAGUAUGAUGCCGUUAACGUUUCCUUAAUUUUUGACAAUCGUGGAUCAGAGAGUUUCCAGGGACAUGGUUAUCACCAUCCCCACUCGUACAGGGAAGCCCCCAAAGGAGUGGAUCAGUACCCUGCAGUGGUGUCUCUGCCCAGUGACAGGCCUGUUAUGCACUGGCCCAAUGUGAUCAUGAUUAUGACUGAUAGAACCUCUGACCUCAACAGCUUGGAGAAGGUUGUUCACUUCUAUGAUGACAAAGUCCAAAGCACAUACUUUCUGACUCGCCCUGAACCUCACUUUACCAUUGUAGUUAUUUUUGAGUCCAAGAAGUCAGAAAGGGACUAUCAUUUUAUUUCUUUUCUCAAUGAAAUUUCACAUUCCCUUAAGAACUCCAAAGCUUUUGCAAGCUUGAAGCCUGGAUCCAAAGGGUGAAAUACAGACUAUUUACAAGCUGUCACGGCAGUAUGUCAGCCUUGAGGGAGCUGUAGCUUGCAAGAGUUACAUAAAUUCGUGAUUCUCAGAGUCUAAUUGAAAAGGAACCUUUUUUUUAAUGUUAUAAGUUCCUUUCUUUUAAGCUAACAGACACUUGAAAAUUAUUUUUGGGCAGUACUCAGUGGGGCAAUUUAAUUGUGGGGUGCUAAAUAGCCACGGUGGGAUUUUUUUGGUGUGGUUUUCAAUAUUCAGUAUGACUUAUUUUUUCAGUCCACAAUUUUGUUGCCUGUAUCAGAAAGGAAUAUAUGCACUUUAUCUUAGUCUGAUCAUUGACUGUCUUCUACAGAGUUUAUUGAAAAUGUGAUAAGGAUGUAUCUUUUCAGAAAACUGCAUUGCCUGAAAGGAAUGAUUUCUGGGAACUAAAUGCUGAUGCAAGGGAAUAUUAGAAAAAGUGAACCUGCAAGGAUACAUUUUAAAUAAAAAUAUGAGAAUCAGGAAAAACACUAUUGUUAAUUAUAAUUUAGUUUUCAAAGGGUUUAAAAUGAUAAUCGAGGUCUCUGACACUCUCUCAUAAGCACCAGUCUCAAUUCUAAAUGCCCUGUGUCACAAAAGUCAGUCGUUGCUCCAGAACUGGGGCUGGGGCAAGAAGAACUGCAGCAUGGGCUGGAAGGCCAGUAUUCACAGGAGCACUGUGACAGUGUGGGUCCAGUAAUAGUCUUGGCUCAGACUAACUGAAGGAGACAAGCUGAAGUUGUGCAGCUGUUCUAGAAGGAACAGCUCCAUGGAGAAAGCAGCAAAGCUGUUUUCAAAUUGUGCUUUUGUCUGACUAACUUGAAAGAGAAGCAAAGAAAGGCAGCAGGAAAUGCCCUUUGUAAAUGAUUUAUUUUCUAGUUUGCUGCUCAUCUCAACCUGGCUUUGUUUUCACAUUUUCUAAGUGUAUAGUUUUUUCAAUCUGUUCAGUUUUAAAUAAUUUAAUAAUUAAGCCAAAACACUGGGGAUUUGGAUUUAAAUAUAUAGCCUAUGCAGUAUGUUUACCUCAUUCUAAAAUGUCUCCUUCACCACUUCUAGACUGCAGGUUUGGAAAAAGUAUGUUUUCUAGUUACCCUGAAAGUGCUUUAAUUUGGAAAUCAGUGUUUCCAAAUACAAUAAAAGGGUCAAUUUGGCUGUACCUGCAGCCUUUCAUUGCAGGGUUCUUCUGACUGUUAGCUAUGCAGCUGUGCACACGCUUUUGUGGGGAUUCGGGAGGACUUAUAUACAUAUGAAAUUGUAGUAAAAUUAAGUCAUUAGUAAGGUAUAACAUCAGGUUUAAUUUAAAAGGGAGCUUAGGUCAAAAUGCUGGUUUCUGUUAAGACUGAAAUAUGAAAGGUACCAUUGCAAACGUGUCUUUUAAUGAUCCCCUUUCUCUUCCACUAAAGGUUCUGGUAACUUGUCUUGCCUGGCUGCAGUGCUGACUUUUUAACAGUCAUAUAAGCACAUUCUGUUCUCAGAAUACAAGCUCUGACUUGCCACUUUGUGCCAAAUGGAGCCUUCCAUGCUUUGCUCUAACUGUUGUGAAUAUCUGCUCUAUUGCCUUUCACCUGAAGUCUCGGUCUGACUUCAGCAUCACUCUCAAAAGCUCAGUUUGCUCUUUGCCAUUGGAAAAUAACCAGAGUUGCAAAUACACCAGAAACCGAGGGGUACCUGUUUGUCACAGCGUUACACUUUGCAGCUUGAACUGCUUUUAACAGGACAACGUUGCAAAUUACAGUAUUGAGAGAGUUUGAGUGCUUCCCUCCCUGGGACAGUGACCUUGUAAUAACAUUGUAAUUUUGACUUCCUCAGUCUGAGUAACAAGAGACUGUUGCCAGAACUGAUUGGCAGUCUUCAGCAGUGUAAUAAAGUGUUCUACAAAGUCUGUCUGCCUGUACAGUAUUUCCCUGGCAUACUAACUAUCUGUGGAAAAGGGGAGAGAAAACAGGAAAGAGACUGUGCGUGGUACAGACACCCUCUUGCUCAUUUCUGAGUUGCAGGGGAUGAGUUGGAAGAAGUGAAAGAGAAAUCUGGUGCCCUUUGGAGCAGCUUUUAGCUAUUGUUGAAAUGACUAGAGGCUGUUCCCAGUGGUUUUGAUGGGGAGAGGAAAAGGAGGUGACUGUUCAACAGACUUGGUAGCUCACUUCUCAUGCUCCUGCCACUGUGUUUGGCAAGUGGUGUCUCAGAACAGGGAAGGGAUGUUAGGUGAUGUUUCUGUGCAGGAGGAGGUGAGACUUGCUUUGCCUCUUAUCAGUUCUAAGAUGGUUUGUUGCAGUUUUCUUCACAGAAUCUUGGAGAAGCAGCCAGAGGGGCCUUCUGACUCAUGAAGGAUUCCAAGUCAACUUCUCAUUCUCCUCUGUGGUUGUGCAGAUGUUCAGCAGACCCUCCAAGUAUUUCCCCUGCUUUCUCAGGUGAGGAGCAAACUUCCUCUCCCUGGAUCAUUCUCUUGGCAAAUGGGGGGUGAGAAGUUCAGUUGUCUGAAGAGGAGAGACUCAUCUGCGCUGUGGGUGGGUGCAAUCAUCACUGUGUGAGCAGUGAACAGUAACAAAAGGACCACCCUACUUUCAGGAGGAUCAAGGGUAGCGUCUGCAGCCUGGAGUUGCACAUCCUCCCAGUGCACUUGGGUCUGGUUCUUCAGGGACUGGUAGUGAUGCUUCACCAAGGACUGCCUGUGACUGCCUGAGGCCUCCAUAUCACCUAGAGGUAAAACUCCAGGAAUGUACAAGGCUUAAAGAAUGAAAACUUGGGUUAUGGUACCAUGCAUUUUAUGUGAGGGAUCAACAUGAGACUUGUAGCUGAUGCUGCUUUUGCCUCCAGCAGUACAGCUGGCUCACGUCCCCACUCUGAGAGAUGCCAGCUCUUGUCAGUGGGAAUGGGGUGGGGGGGUGGGAGCACUAACAGGUUUAGCCUUCUGCUUUUAAUCUGAUGAUGCAAAUCUGUCCAAACUGUUCAAAAAAGUUGGUGGAUUAAUUCCCAUUCUAGAUGUAGAGCUUGACUCUGAGUAAAGUGCCUGGAGCUCUGCUGAAGGCAAGAUGUGUAAGCUGCAUAAAAGCUAUCUUUCCCUUUUCUUCAUGCAUCCCUGUCCAGAGAGAGAAAGAACAAAUUACUUUGAAUUGUCAGUGGAUAAUACCUUUUUGGGAAAAACUUGAUCCUCAUUUAUUGUUACAGAAGCAAGGACUUACUGCAAUGAAUCAAGUCUCCACCCACCCUCCUAAGAAAUUUAUCUACAAUUUCACCGGCAAAUUCAAUAAAGAGAAAUGUAGCUGAUGAGCCAUCUCCACGAUGAAGUUAUACUCUGCACUCAAGUUGGCUUUGCUUGGAGGGCUCCAAAAUUUUGUACACUGAGUUUUUCCAACACAGCAGUUGCCUCAAGCUGGCUGACCUGCUGACUGUACCUCACGGUGAGAACGUGGGAGGCAAAUUUCCAAAACUGUGCAUUACUCACUCUCAGGUAUAAAAAUAGAUGGGUAUAAAUCUUGGUCCAGCCUAGUGGGAUUUGUGGCACUAAUUUUUCUUGCUGUCCCCAUAGACUGAAAUAUCCCUUAGAGGUAAGGCUCUCAAUAUCUAAAUAUGCUGUGGAUGCCUCAGGCUCAUCUGUACUUAGGAAUGAUUUGUUAAAACAGUGGCUGCUACAUUAGGAAUGGUUCAUUCUAAUUGUUUCUGACUGAAAUUUUAAGAGAAUGGUGAAAAAAAAUCCCACCACCACCUUAUUGCUGAGUUUGUAGUAUGUCCAAGAAGGAGGUGCAAGUUCAGAGACAGAAUAAUCACAAGCUUUUCCCAUGUCUACCUUUAAAGGUGUCAACCAAAGUAUCUUCAGGGGGCUGAUAAGGUAAUAAUAUAUUGAAAGUGUAAGGAUUAUGCUUCAGAGUGUAAUUUGCUCACCAAGCACUGAGGGAAUCACCUAUCUGCAUGGUUAUUCUGCAACUGUGCAUUAAAAGGACUUUAUUGUUUUAUGCUUUUCACGGUAGCAUUUCCUUAAGCUCUUA